ACAGGAACGACAGCAACGCAUAUCUUCAAAGUGGAUUUCAGCGCGACUAGGCGAAUUCAUUUUUAUUCGCAAGCAGGAUCCCUUUUUUCAAACGAUAUACAUCUAAUAAAAUAUUUCAAUCCUUUUCAAUCUUCCCAGAUACCAUUGUCUUGACAACAAAAAAACUAAUGUUGCCAGAAAAAUUUAUUUUAAAUAUGUUGACAUCUAAUAAUGUACCGAAAUCUAAUAUAAUAGUUGCGUAAGAAUAGAAGGCAACAUCUCUUCUCUCUGCUCUAAAUAAUUCAAUGCUUUGCAUUGCAUAUUUCAAUAUUUAAUUAAACCUAAAUAAUAAUGUGUGUUCAUCAUUAUUAUAAUUUCUUAUUGAAAUCGAAAUUAUCGGCAUAAAAAUUUACUCGUUUUACUAUGGCUGUAAAACAAAGCCGAACCUUCAGGUAUACCAUUGUGAAUCAGUUUUAUCUAAAGAAGAAGAACUGAGUUUUGUACACAACAUUAAGAAGUUUUAGAUUUUGCAAAUUACUUUUAUUAAGUGAAUUUUAUAAAAUAUCACACAUUUAAUAUUAUAAUGCUGAUAAAUAUGCAAUAAAAUUAUUGUAUCUGAUUUGUGUGAGUGUUAUACAAAGUCGACAACAUAUUUUGUGACGUGACGGAACUCCUGCGAAGAAAACCCCUAACCAUCGACCAACGCAAACACUAACAGAAGGGGGUUAAUAAGAAAAAAUGGCCACCAGCGAUAUUUCCAGCUCCAAUGAGCGCCACUAUUAUGCCAAACUUGAAGCUAUCAAGGAUAUACGUGAUAAAACAAUUGCUUUAGAAAAGUUAAAAUUGAAAAUCAUCAAAGAGGUGAAAUUAAGUGAUGAUGAAGAAAAAUGUCUGGAUGAAUACCGUAAAGAAAUGGAGCAUUUGUUGGAAGAAAAAAUGUCACAUGUCGAAGAGCUAAGACAAAUACAUGCCGACAUAAACGAUAUGGAAAACAUAAUAAAGCAAACAAAAGAAAAUCAAACGCGUUCCGUAGACAUGGCAAAUCGUGUGUAUGAAGAUUAUCUAGCACUUAAAUAUCAAAUUGAUCAUAUGCGCCGUGACUAUUUAGGAUUAAGUCCCCUACGUGACUUACAUGAAGAAGAGGGUAGUCCAAUAUCAAAAGAUCGUUUCCAAACAAACUUUUUAAAGGUGAGCGCCGCUGCUGCGGCUGCUGUUGCUGCAGCACAACCAACAUCAUUGGCACGUCCUCAUCCUCGACAUCCACUUCUUCCAGAAGCUACCGUCACUGCAUUGCCACCAACGGGCGGUGGUACUGGACCCACUGGUGGGCAUGCUUUUAUGCCACCCGCUCCACCCGGAACAGGCAAUGCUGCCGCUGCUGCGGCUGCAGUACGUUUAGGCAAAAGCGAUUUUUCUGCUCCACCGCCGCCUCCUCCACCUUCAUCUCGUUUACAGCAGUCACCGGCAAUUGGAAUUGGUCAUCAUCCUUCAUUUCGUUCAGAUUUUAAUGUGAACCUACGUCAACAACCGCCACCUAUGAAGUCAUGUCUAUCUUGUCACCAGCAAAUACAUCGUAAUGCUCCCAUUUGCCCAUUAUGUAAGGCAAAGUCUCGUUCACGUAAUCCGAAGAAACCGAAAAAGAAAAACAACUAAACAAUGUUUCUUAUUGGGAAAUUUUACAAAUAAGUAAAAAAUUGAGCUUCUCCAAUACGAUGAAAGUAGAUCACAGCAAAAUUUAGCUAGUGCCAACAAUGACUUCAAUAAAAGCAACAUAUGUAUUAUUUAUUAUAAAGCGUUAAUAGCUUAAAAAUAGUAAUUAAUAUUGUGUAUUUUAAUUUUAUACAUCAAUUAUUACAUAAAUUUACUAAAAACAUAAACAUGUAUUAAUUAACUAGCCCUGAACGGAUAAUAUUAAUUUUAUUUAUAAAAUUGUAUUCGUUUGCAUAUAAAUCACGUUAUUUUUUUCAUUUAUAUUUGUAAACAUGCACACCUCUUAAAUGUGAAGCGAGUUCAAUUUGAUUGCCAUUGGUCCCCUUACAAUAUAAUUAGCAUACAUAAAUAUGUAUUAUAUAACGCAUUUACAGUUUUCUUAAUUUAUUUUAUAUUUAAUAUCUAUUCUUCGCUAAUUAAUUAUGUAUUAUUAGACGAGUACAACCUAUUAUUUCGUAAUCAAAUUUUAAAUAUUAAAACUAAAUAAGAUAAGUGUCAAA